ACCCCGCCAGUUGUCCUGGUGGCGGAGGGCGGUAGGCUCUGGAUCGCAGGAGGCGUGUGAGUGGGAAGGCUCGUUGCGCUUACCGCCCUCCCCUCACCCCCUGCAAGGAAGCUCAGUCAAACAACAAAACAAAACAAAAACGCACCACUCGCCCCUGAGAAUAAGGUGCACCCUUACGCGUUGCGACGACUUCCCAAUAGAAUUAGCAUACCCAAGCACAAUGAACGGCUUAAGCUAUAGCCCCUCUUUAUCCUUGAAGAGAGCAUUUUGUAUUUAAGCAUGUCCUUGUGCAUAAAAUUACUGUUUUGCCAAAUCAAAAGUCAUCCUGACUUCUAGAGUUCAAGGUCAGCCUUCACAGUUAUGUCAGCGGUACUCAGCUUCCCUCUGUCUCUCAGUGGCUGAUGCUGGACACCAACUCAGCAUGACUACUGAUUUGUGACAGAGCACUGCUGCAUGUCCAGUUCCCUAAAGAAGGCCACUGUGGCAUCCCCAUAUCUGGUGGACUGAGGACUUCCGGCUCUACAGGCAGAGAAACAGGAGUUGUUCCUCUCAUUUUCAAUGGAGAGUGACUGUACAAAUAAAUAAUGAGGACCAGCCCUCGUAGGCCUUUAAUUCUCAAAAGAAGGAAACUGACCCUUCUACAGAAGGAGGUAUCCAGUACUUCAGGAAGAGAUGAAAACAGUGGUCAUGAUGAAAAGACACCCAAGCAGGAGCACAGCCAGAACGACCAAAAUGACAGCCAAUGCAGAGACAAAAUAGACUGUGGACUACAGAUAUUCUCAGCGGGAAUAAAGAUAAUGAACCAUCCUACCAUGCCCAACACACAAGUGGUGGCCAUCCCUACAAAUGCGGAUAUCCAGAGCAUCAUAGAGGCCCUGACAGCAAAAGGAAAAGAAUGUGGCAACAAUGGGCCCAAUAAGUUCAUUCUCAUUAGUAGCGGGGGAACUUCUCAUUCAGCAGGUUUGGUACUAUCACAGCACCUUCCCUCAAUGGAGGAACCUAGCACAGUGGCUAGGACUGCAAAUAGUCAAGUAAGAGAGAAGAAUGUUUCACAGACACCUGAUCUUGCAGGAGGAUCAAUGGUCUGGCAUUCAGGAAUUGAUUCUGCAUUUGCACAGAAACGGGAGAACAGCAGUGGCGAGGCAAUGAGCUCUGUGCUGGAUAAUAGUCUCACUAACAUCCAGUGGCUGGGGAAGAUGAGAACUGAUGGACUAACUCCCUGUUCUGUGAAGCAAGGCAUGGAGAAAGAGAACCAGAUACCUCUGCGGGAAAGAAUGAAGACUGAAGAAGAUUCUGCUGCUGUUUCCAUACCCUCUUCUUCCUCAUGGCAGGAUUCAGUAUCAGAACGACCUCCAUACUCCUACAUGGCCAUGAUCCAGUUUGCCAUCAACAGCACUGAGAGGAAGCGUAUGACUCUGAAAGACAUCUAUACCUGGAUUGAGGAUCAUUUCCCAUAUUUUAAGCAUGUGGCUAAGCCAGGUUGGAAGAACUCUAUUCGGCAUAACCUGUCCCUCCAUGAUAUGUUUGUCCGUGAGACGUCUGCUAAUGGUAAAAUCUCAUUCUGGACUAUUCACCCUGAUGCCAACCGUUGCCUAACUUUGGACCAAGUGUUUAAGAUGAUCUCUGUAUUUGGAGGAAAAAAGAAAAGGGUGCUGUGGCUUUUGCUGCUGGAGCUUCUUUGGGAUGCAUUCAUUCUUCAGCCGCUGGACUUUGGGUCAACAUCGUCUGAGCACUCUGAAUCACAACAGAAGCAACAUGUCCCAGAUCCCCAGAAGAACAUGGGAAGCAAAAGUAGCAGCAAAACUGAACCCCAGAAUGCACGACGAAAGAUGAAGCCUUUGCUUCCUCGCAUCAACUCCUACCUUGUUCCGAUCCAGUUUCCAAUGAGUCAGCCUCUUGUCCUGCAGCCUCCUUUGAAGGUUCCUCUCUCUGUGGCACAGGGAACAUCCCACAACAGCUCAGAGACCUUCCAGAGCAAUAAACGUGUGCGCAUUGCUCCAAAGAUGUCGUUCUCUAUUGAAGAGUCAUCCUCUUUACCCAUGGCUACAGUCAAAGAAGAGAGCCAAUGUGAUGAAGGAUUUUUUUCCCCAACACAUUCUCUGAAGGAGAACAACUGUCAGCCUGGUGAUGAACCAUGUUCUUUCCCUGAGACACUCUGUAUUAAGGAAGAGGAAGGCUUACAGCUGGGAGACUGGCUGUCCCCUUUUGCUUCAACCGUAACUGUAAAGGAAGAGCCAGACUCAUUUGUCCCAGUCUCAGCCGUGAUGGAGAAGAAAUGUUUCACCAUACUGAAGUCACCAUCUAAGGGUGUUUCUGACGCAUUAGUUAUAAAGAGGUGUGAGAGGCGGGAAAUGAGCAGAUCCAGAAGGAAACAACACCUAGCACUGCCUUGCUCAGAAGAGCCUGUCCUUAUCUUCCCAGAGAGCAAUGAAUUUGAUCCUUUCCAGUUAGGGGCAGACCUCCCCUUACUGCAGGAAAACCAGCCUCUAGAGAAUGCAUCACAGCUGAGAUGCCUGCAGGAGGAAAGGGGGCCUUUUAAAACACCAGUCAAAGAGAUGUUCAGCAAAUUGCCAGUUUCUUCCACUCCCUGCAAAGUCCCAGCAACUACUACUCCCCCACUAGGGGGCCUUGAUCCCUGGAAGUCUGCACUGUCAGCCAAGAGAGGUAAUGAGCUGGAUUUCAGUCCAGUGAGAACCCUUCCGCUGCCGUUCACACCCUGCCAGGAGAACCAGGACUUGCUGGGUUUUAACAGCACACCCCUUAAAAGUCCUCUCCCUGAGUCUUCUUGGGAACUGCUCAAUACAGAAUCCAACGACACAGUACACAGCCCCCUCACAAGCUCUCCAUCUUUUAGUCACAAAUCUACGAAGCAGUUGUCCCUUGAACUGCCAGCCUCUGGUUUUACUGAAAACCGAUCACUCGUGGAGGGCCUGAUUUUGGACACCAUGAAUGACAGUUUGAGCAAAAUCCUUUUAGAUAUCAGCUUUCCUGGUCUUGAGGAUGAAAACUUAGGAACAGACAUUAGUUGGUCUCAGCUUAUACCUGAACUGAAGUAAACUGCCCAGAAGACUGAAUUUGGUUUAUUUGGACUUGACAGAAAGCACUCUCCUCUUCUGAGAUCUGUUCACGUAGUCAAAAGCAGACAGUCUUUUUAGACAAUUCCUUCAUUCGUGGAAAUAUUGACUCCUGCUAAGCUGGGAGACGGGCCUGUUGGCUGCUAUGAGCUGCCUUUUUGAGCUGCAGUGGACUAUUUGUGUGGAUCAAGAUAGAACCUCUCUAAUCUGGUGCUAGAGUGGAGAGUCCCUGGAGAGGGGUUAUCAGGAAAGCAUCUAGAUAGGCCCUGAACAGCCCUGGCUAAUCAAGGUAUUAGAGGAAACGGGUACACUCCUCAAUUAUGCCCCCCAAUAGCAAGGGCUCUGAGCAUUUCCUCCUUCUCUGUCCUUACUUUCUUUUACUUUGUUCUGAUCUUAUUUAGCAUCUUCUGUGUAGGUUUAAUGGAUUUAAGCCCCGUACAUUCCUUAAAUUACUAGCUCUUUAUUAUAACGGUAACUUUAUUCUUGUAGAGUUAUUAGGGAAAUAUUUGAGUUGGUAAAGGAUUUAGCUUAGUGUUGUCCAUAUGUUCCGCCUGCCCUGUAUUCCUCUAGAUGAGAGCCCCAAAUGCCAUUUUCUUUUAGUCCAAAAACACACUGGCCUUGAAAGUUGCCAAGGCAGAAAUCUGAAAAAUCGUCUAUGUGUGACUGAGUGACUACUCAAGCUAAACAGAAAAAAAAUUGUUAACUGGAUUGCAGCAUAAAAUCUUGGUUCAUUUUUCCUUCUCAGCUCUUCUUCCCUUCCCAGGCUGGAAUGGAGAAGAGCUGUAACUCUUGGUUCCACAGUCCUAUUAAUAUGUAUGUAUAGGACUUGGUAGAGUCACAGUUGCAGUAAGAUGGAUUUCUACAGAAUGGUUAAAGCAGCUUUCUUUUCAGACAUCAGCUGAAAAUGUGAAACAGAACCUGUAAAGUGAAUACUGGUAUUUUCACUGACAAGUGACCUCUGGGAACAAAAGGUAUGUUUCUCCCAUUGCAAUAGAGCUACUCUUCCCAGUUCUUUAGAACUCACCUCAAAGGAGGAAGUGGCUGUGAAAAGACCUAAUCAUUCUGCUUCCAGACAAGUGAUGACUCAUGCAUCUACAUACUCAAUAAAUUUUUUUGCGGGAGCGCA